GGGGGAGAGAGUUUGUUCGGUCUUCUGUUGGUGGAUCAAAAGGAUGAGAAAACGUAACAGUAUAUCGUGAUGUGAUAUGGACUGCGGGAUGACCCCUCUCUUUCAUGCAACAAGGUUCCAAAAAGGAUUCAGUUAGGGGUUGUCCUUGCCGUAUGUAUUAUAUGCGGAGCAGCGAGCAGAAGCAAAAAGUGCUUCUUCCUUUCGAUUUUUCUUCUUUUCUCUCACUUCUUUAAUAUUCGUUUUUCCUUCUUUGUCCAGACUUGUUCUUCUUGCAACAUAUCCUUCCCCAUACCCGCUUAUACAUUCUGUCUUUUUUUAUCUUCCUCCUUUCAAAUGAAGAAUCACAGCAAUGGUGAAAUUCGAACGAUAGAGACUGUCUGCACAGAGCUCGACGCUUUAGCGCUUACGUACCUUGACAAGUUGGAAGAAUAUACCCAAACCUGGCAGAUAACGACGAAUCAGUUACAGCAGGGAUUCCUGCACUUGGCGCAUGCCAAAUAUACCAUGGGCUCCGGGAGAAUCUCACAAUGUUCCUACGAUGAACGAAUGAAGGCACAAGCACGAGUGUAAGUUCUCUCCAGUACACAACAAAGAGGAGGAAGGGGGAUAAGCUAUACUGCUUCAUUGUUUUCGUGCGUAUGUGUGCGUGUGUGAUAUGUUGUGUUUCCUUGUGAGACAAAUCAAAUAACAAACCUUGUGAUAAAUGAAAACAACAACAGAACGGUAGAUACACAUAGCAAAG